UCGAAUACCUUCAGCGUCUCUCAAAUUGCUCGGAGUCCUCUCUCUCUAUGCACUUUCUCUCUCUGUAGAAUAUGGGCGCUUGUUCAUGGCGCUCGAGAACCGUUCUGGCUCUUUUUUUGUCCUUAUUGUUUUGCUCAACUGGGUUUGCAUGGAAAGUUCCCUUCAGACCAAAUGAUGUUUUGCCUCUGCUUCCAAGGCAGGUUUCAUGGCCUAUUCUCAACAGAUUAAAAAGUCCUAUUGAUCUUCUUCCUUCUUUUGUUGGGGCAGUUUCUUCCUCGAAUGCCACUGUUGAGUGGAAAGGCGCUUGUUUCUAUGAGAACACUGCGUGGAUGGAAUUCAAGAACGAGAAUGGGAGCCAGUGGGGUGGUGGAACUCUCCAUAUCAAGACUAGCAAAGCUCAUAGUUGGACAUGCAUGGAUCUCUAUGUAUUUGCUACUCCAUACCGAGUAACAUGGGAUUACUACUUUCUGGCUCGGGAGCACACCUUGGAUAUCAAAGAAUGGGAGGAUGAAGCUGAGCUUGAAUAUGUUAAACACAAUGGAAUAUCUAUUUUCCUCAUGGAAUCUGGGAUGUUGGGAACCCUAAUGGCUUUAUGGGAUGUGCUGCCUCUAUUUUCAAAUACUGGAUGGGGUGAGAGUUCGAAUAUUGCUUUCCUCAAGAAGCAUAUGGGGGCGACAUUUGAGCAGCGUCCUCAGCCAUGGGUUUCGAAUAAUAUUAGUAUUAAUGACAUUCAUUCUGGGGAUUUCUUGGCAAUAUCAAAAAUUCGGGGGCGAUGGGGAGGUUUUGAAACUUUGGAAAAGUGGGUAACUGGGACCUUCGCUGGUCAUACAUCAGUUUGCUUGAAGGACUCUGAUGGGCAGCUUUGGGUUGGGGAAUCUGGACAUGAAAAUGAAAAGGGUGAGGAUAUCAUUGCCAUUGUGCCGUGGGAGGAAUGGUGGGAGUUUGAGCAAACGAAGGAUGACUCCAAUCCUCAUAUUGCAUUGCUUCCUUUGCAUCCUGAUGUGCGAGCUAAGUUUAACGAAUCUGCAGCCUGGGAAUAUGCACGAAGCAUGUUAGGAAAGCCGUAUGGUUAUCACAACAUGAUAUUUAGUUGGAUAGAUACUAUAGAAGAUAACUACCCACCACCCUUGGAUGCCCACUUGGUUGCUUCCGUCAUGACAAUGUGGAAUAAGAUUCAGCCUGCAUAUGCUGCUAAUAUGUGGAAUGAAGCGCUAAACAAGCGGCUUGGAACUGAGGGCCUUGAUCUGCCUGAAAUCCUGGUUGAAACUGAGAGACAGGGAUUAUCGUUUGACAAACUGCUGACAAUUCCUGAACAGGAUGAUUGGCUUUACACAGACGGCAAAUCGACUUCAUGUGUAGCCUUUGUCCUUGAGAUGUACAAGCAGGCUGGCCUUUUCGAUCAAAUUGCCGACUCCAUUCAAGUUACUGAAUUCACUAUAAAAGAUGCAUAUAUCCUGAAGUUUUUCGAAAAUGAUACAAGCCGCUUGCCUCAGUGGUGCAACAAAGGCGACGAUGUGAAGCUCCCAUUUUGCCAAAUUCUAGGGAAAUAUAGGAUGGAAUUGCCAGGGUACAACACACUCCAACCUUAUGCACAGAUGAACGAGAGGUGCCCCUCACUACCGCCUGAGUACGAGAGGUCCAGAGAAUGUUGAUAUGCAUCUGUUUUUUCUCGUGGUGUGUGUAUAUUUGAAUUGCUUGGGUAGGUACACCAUAGUCCAUUGGACUGGCACAGCAAGUACACUACCAUUUGCCAUUAGGAUGUCAUAUAUAUUCCCUUGUUCAGUUUGUGUAUAGCUUGCUUUACUUGGCAUUUAGAUUAGCUUUAUGCCGCCUAUUUAAGGCCCAAUGUAAAUGCAAAUUGUUAGCAUUAGUUGCUGGAUUCCAAUUGUAGACUUUUGGGUAGAAGACGACUGGAUCCUUCUUGUAUUCCCAUUGCAGAGAUCAUAUCAGGUAUUAGUAACACCUAAUGUUCUGUAUCUGAAGGUGCAGCUUUCUUGGAUUUUUGGAGCAGUUUCUGUAAUUGAAACAAAUUGAUCAUGGUUACAAGGGCGUUAAGGGUCAUUUCUUUACUUCAAAAUAAAGUUUGUCAA